AUGGAAUUUCUCUCCAUUGACGAUCGCAUGACGGCUCAGGUUUGCACUUUGCAUGAGCAUAAGCGGAAGGCCAAGCUGAGAGAUAGAGCCGAUGUCAAUGGACUUGAUGGCCUUGUCAGUGCUCCGCGGCAUCGGAUUGGUGUGCUGGCUCGCCUGACUUCGGUCGUUGUCCGAAAGGGCUGCUGCUCUUCUUCAUUGCUCUCCGCUCUGCUUGGAGUGUGGAUACACAUCCUGAUGUUCAGGCGGCCGCUCUUUGGUCUCCUGCAAGUUGUAUUUUCUGAUGCGCGUCACGAGCCCAGGGACGAGGUGUUUGCAUUGCAACGUGAGUCGUUGAACGAACUGCUUUGCCUUUGCCUUUUGGCGCCUCUUGCUCAAACGGACCUCAAAGUCGAUUACCUGCCUUUCUUGUGUGCGAUGGACGCAUCGCCAAGUGGUGGCUGCCUUUGCUCGGCCGCUAUGCCUGCUUCAGAAGCGCAAGAACUGUGGCGCUUCUCGGAGCAACGCGGAUUCUAUACCCGCUUGCUGGGCCCGGCUUCUGCUUUGCUUGCUGAACUUGGUUUGGAGUUCAUGCCUGAGUUCGGGCCUGAUUGCGAAUUGGAUUCUGCGCUGCAAGCCUCUGUGCGCUCCACUGGCGCUUCAAACAGGCCUCCUCUGUUGCGUCCUGCGCAAGAAGGCGUUUUAUUCAGCGUGGUCGACCUUUUCAGUGGCUCUGGUCAUUGGUCUUCGUGUCAUGCCGCCGUGGGACCCGUUGCCCACCCCGGCGUUGAUAUUCCCAAUUCCUCUGGCCGGAUGUUGGAUUUUGCCCUUGACGGCGCGUUCCACGAGCUUUGUGCUCUUGCCUUGCGCAGGGUUGUUCGAGAGUGGCACGGCGGGCCGCCGUGCCUUACGUACGGGACUUUGAGACGUCCCCGCUUGCGCAGCAAAGCCCAGCCAUUCGGUUUCAACCCGGAUGACCCUUUGCUGAUGGCGGUAGGCAGUUCAGCUGCUGAGAGGGGCCGUGCCACAGCAAUGUCCACGCUUCCUUACACGCUUGGGGCUGGUCUGUAUCCUGGCGGACUCCAUGUGUGCUCGGAGAAAAACCGUAGUGACGGCCCGUCGCGUGGACGGAAAGUUGCUCCCCCUUCGCGUGACAUUCCGGCCUGGUACCUUGACCUGUGCAAAGGCUACACUCAGCGUUUCGACCUCCUGUGUGCCUCCUGCGCAGUUUCCCGUGUUCUGGGACGUUGGCUUCGCCUUUUGCUUCUGCUUGCUGGUGAUGUCGAGCUCGAGGAACCCUGGGCCUGGCCGCUCACUCGUUCCACGUUGUGCCCUCGACUUGCAGUCCGGCUUUGCAGCUUCAACGCGUCGCAAGAUGACCAAGGCCCUGGGUGCCUUCAUGACCUGGGUAUGCAGCGCUUGUGCCUCGAUGCUGAUGCUGUUCUCAGCAGUUCGCGCUCUGCAGCGCUGGCCUUACGUGGGUUUGGGCUUUACUUGUACGCCGCAGGGCAUCCCAGAUACCUGCUUGUUUAUGCGAUCACAGCUGUUCAGGAUUUGCAUCCUGAGUACCGUUCACGCUUGACACCAGCUUGGCAGGUCGAUAAAAAGUGGCAGCAAACCGAACCAGGUGAAUGCCGUCCGGUGAUCUCUCAGCCUAUUCUUGAAGCCGCUGUGGCUCUGGCCAUCUGUUGGGGAUGGUUUGAUUGGGCUGCUCUCACUUUGAUCGGCUUCCUGUGUAUGCUGCACCCUUCCGAGAUGGUGCCUCUUGUGCGUCAGGACAUCGUGUUUCCGGAAGAUGCGAUGUCCGGUGACUGCAUUGCUUACGUGCAUAUUCGUAAUCCCAAAACCCAACGCUUUGCGCGACGGCAACAUUGUAGACUUGAAGACUCCCUUACCCUACGGUUACUUAGCUCCUUGUACCUGUCCCUCCCUUUCAAUGCCAAGCUCUUCCGUGGCUCGCUUCAUACAUACAGGCGGCAAUGGAACGCUAUCAUGGAGCGCCUUGGCGUUCCGCGUACUCUUGCAAGCAAGGGCGCUACUCCCGGCGUUCUCCGUGGAGUGGUGCCACCUUUAUGUAUUUGGAAACGGAAGACCUUCCUUUGA